AUGCGUUGGCUGGCCUUUUCUGGUCUCAUGGCCGCCGUCGAGGCGAUUCCCCAGGCUGGGGGCGGCUACUCUACAACCAUGCUGCGUUUCGGCUGCUCGCAAGUUUCCAUUGACCGGAUCGACCCUCUCGUCGACCCUGGUUUGAUCCCUUCGCCCCAUGUCCAUCAGAUUGUCGGAGGAAACGCCUUCAAUGCCACCAUGCCGUACGAAGACAUCUCCAAGCUGGCCAGCUGCACGACGUGCACCUUCGACCAAGAUUUCUCAAACUACUGGACUGCCAACGUUUACUUCCGCGCGCGCAACGGCAGCUACCACCGCGUGCCGCAGAUGGCCAACGAGGUCAUCGGGCCGGCCAACGGCGGCAUAACCGUCUACUACACGGCCCCGGGCCCCAAGACGGUGACGGCCUUCAAGCCGGGCUUCCGCAUGUUCUCGGGCGACAACAACAGGCGCGUGUCGGCGGGCCAGGGCAAGAACAUGCAGAGCUGCUUUCGCUGCUACACCGGGCCCAACUUUGGCGGCAACAUCUACUCCCCCUGCAUGGACCCGGUCCGGGACACCGAGGGCUUCCCCAAGCAGCCCUGCCCGGGCGGUAUCCGGUCGAGCGUCAUCUUCCCCAUCUGCUGGGACGGCAAGAACCUCGACAGCCCCAACCACAAGGACCACCUGUCCCACCCCGUCGGCGGGCCGGCCUCCUUCGCCCUCGUGGGCGCGGCCUGCCCAGCCAGCCACCCGGUCAAGAUCCCGCAGGUCCACUACGAGAUUGUGUGGGACACGUCCAAGUUCAACGACCUGUCCACCUGGCCCGAGGGUGGCGGGCAGCCCUUUGUGUUGAGCAACGGGGACACAACCGGUUUCGGCCAGCACGGCGACUACGUCUUCGGAUGGAAGGACGACACGCUGCAGCACGCCAUGGACAACCGCUGCUUUGGCCCGCGGUGCACCGGCCUGACGACCCAGGCCUUCCCCGGGGCUGCCAACGACUGCAAGGUCGACUCGACGGUGCCCGAAGAGGUCGAAGGAUGGCUCGACCACCUUCCUGGCCAAAUGCCAAUGCCGGCUUGA